GAAGAUUUGGUGCUGACAGUGCCAGGAUGUACUAAUUGAACCUCCUCUGUGAACUUAGAGCCAGAACGAUGGCAGGGGAAUGGUUGCUGAAGAGGCUGACUGACAACAACCUCAUUGACAUUGCAGAGGAUGUCCAAGCUUACUUGCUACCUGUGAAGAGCCAAGAUCUGGAGGAUUCUGCCCAGCGCAAAUAUGGUCUCUUCUCAGCAAAUUUCCUGCGUGCAAGCAUUGGAUGUCUGCAAAGUUCUGACCCUGGGCUCAUAUCUGCAAUACACACAACUUACCACUGUUUUCAGCAGAUGCGAUCCAAAGUUCAACUCAGUCAACCUCUAUUCCUUGUACAAGUUCUCUAUCACAUUUUUGUGAAAUUGUCUGACAAGAAUAUAUUGGAAGAUUGUUUGAGUGUUGCGCUGUACAUUCUGCAAGAGGUGGGGGACAGUGGCGAGUCAGACAAGACAAUCAGUAACAUUAUCACCAGAGUGUAUCACACACUCUGGAACACGGCAGCUAAGGUGGAAACACAGCCUGCCUCAGCAACUAUAGCCUUCAGAGCUAGACAUGUUGCGCUAAAAUUCAUCGCUCUACAGAAGCGGGGUGUAGAUGUCUUUACGCAGAAAGUAUUGAUCGCCUUAAUACGGUAUGGUCAAAUAAUGUCCAAGUGGAAGGUCAGUGAUGGCUGUGAGGAAGAUGUAGAACUGCUGACCAGUGUGUGUGAUGACUUUUGUAAACAUGUUACUGACCAGUACCCAGAGGCACACAGCAGUGUCGUUCUCAUCAGACUUCAUCAGUUUAAAGAGCUGUGGGGAAGAGGCAGUAUUAUAAAGGCAGAAGAGACAUUAGAUUUGUUGCUCCAACUGCAGACACAGAGUAAAGCUGCUUCCCCUCAUACUUAUGUCUCCUUGAGCCUAUGUAGGGCUUGUCUCAAUCUAUCGCACAUGAAACAACAUCUGCACGAUAAGACGCUAGUAAACAGUGCUCGGGCAGUGCUAGCUGGAUUCUCUGAAGUACUACAACAGUAUCAGAAUAUACCCAGCAAAUAUUCAACAGAUGAACUCAUUGAGGACAUGAAAGCCUUGAGUAUACUACUGGCAGCAAGUUUUACAGGUGAAGUCAGGACCCUUCUGAAUACAGCCUAUCAAACCAGUGAUGAGGGUUUGGAUGUGAUGUGUAAGAUUGUGGCAGUUCUGAAAUGUCAGAGCAGAUUUCAUUUACAGUUCUGUAAUGGAGACCUGAGUAAGGUUCAGAGGUCGUGGGCAUGGAAUCUUCAGCCAGACAAAACUCUUACCUCUAUGUACCUCCUUCAACUGCAAUUACUUCACAUAUUGUUACACAAGCGAUAUGCCAAAGGUGCUGAUUUGCUGUCAGAGGCUGUGGAGGCCAUCCAAAUGCUAGAAGAACAUCAGGAUAGAAUUAGUAUUAAAGGCAAACAGGAGAAAUCUGUACAUGAUUUAGGUACUGUGGGCCAGAAACUUGGUAAUGUUUGUUACAUUAAUGAAGAUGAUGAAAAGGCCACAGUGUUUUACAAAGUGGCAUGUAAACACCUGACAGGAUGGUGUGAAGAGGACCCGGCUAAACGGAAAGCCAGCAUCCAGGAGGUGUGCCUGUGGAAAUGUUAUGAUUCUUUAGCCGAGUGUUAUCGCCGCUCUGGUAAGCACAGAGAAGCUAUGGAGACUGUGAUACAGUGUGUGCUGGUAGACAGAAGUCACUUGUUGUCUGCAGCCAAGAUAUGGGUCAGGGCCAAGAAAGAUCUCCUAAAAAAGGACCAACUUAGUCAGGAAACUCUAAACAGGUCCCUCCUAGAGAGUGUCCUAGAGAAAGACGUACACUUGGAAUUGACGGAGAAGAGGGAAUUAUUGGAGAAGGAAUUGAAGGUGUAUAGAACCUACAGAUCUGUGUUACACGAGGCUGAACUGAAGUGCCACCAUGACUUGCUGCAGUUGACCACUGAUAAGCUAGAAAAGGCUGCUCUGCUGGUGGAGGAGACUAAACUGCUCUGGUUACACCCUGCUCUCUCUGACCAAAGGUGCUGUUUUAGAUGUGCAAAGGAAGCAGUGGAGCUGUUAUCAGGGCAGAAGUCCAACAUCCCUCUGGUGGCCACAACGUCUGCUGAAGCCUACCUCUGGCUCUACAUCACUGGGAUGAAGCAGUUUCGUCAACGGAUUAAGACUCCUGCCCCAAAUUUCUUUUGUCCAAAGCCGUGUGAAGAUUCAGACAGUGGAGAAGACAAACCUGCCAUGAAGGCAAAGACAAAGUGUGCAUAUGUGACAGUCAUGGCCGAGCAGGAGAUGACCUGUCUGCUGGAUAGAGCACUGUUACUAUGGGCUAGGUGUGUGUCUGAUAACCAGCUGUGUGAGGAGCUAGACUACACAGCCAUUACACAGUCCCUACACCUGUGUGCAGUCAUAUACUACUCCAUAAGCAAGCCUUUGAAGGGCUUAGAGUGCCUGCAGCUUGUGAAGAAAGUCAGUUCAGCUGUUCCAUCAAACCAACUGUCUCAAACUGCGGAUUGUUUAUUCCGGCUGUGGGGUGAGAUUGACCAUCCGAGUGUGGUCAGUCAGGUGUUAGAGGACUGGAACUGCCCACAGAAUCUCACCUUCUGCCUAAGGAAAGCCCAGCAUGCUCUUAGAUUGGGAGAGUUGGAUGAGUGUGGUGAGUUGGCCACAGACCUGUUGGAGAAGGUGCAGGCUAUACAGCCCCGUACGAGAGAGUCGUGUCUACUAGAGGGCGCUGCUCUACGCCUGCUGUCCCGACUGACCGCUGUGACUCAAGGGGUGGCUGGGAAGCGACUAGGGGUGCAAGCCUGCUCCAGCCACUUAGCCAAGCAGAGUCUACGAUGUCACACAUCCGUACUACAUCACCUGCUGGGCAAGGACCUUAACGAACCCAUCUCUGCUAAAGGUGCCCAGCCAGUUGAUAUGUGGCUGGUGGUAAUGGAGACCUUGUUGUCAUUGUUGCACCUGGGACGGGUCAACCUGCUCACUGGAUAUGCUCGCAGAGCCACAUGUUACCUGGAGGAGGGGCUGGCUCUGGCUCAGGCACUGGCCAUUCCUAGAUGGUGUGUGUGUUUCCUGAUCGAGCUGGCCAGGCUGAAUUCUGUGUCUGGUUGUGUAAAGGACACUGACAUGUACCUGAAACAGGCCAGAGAAGUGCUGUAUGCUAACGAGGAGGUUGUCCAUUAUGAGGAGAGGGAGAAACAGGCCAGUGGGGAUGCGCCAGCAGAAACACCCUAUACUUUCCUGACCAAUGUCGACACGGCAGGGGACUGCUUUGGCUUUGCCUCUCCCCAGCUUGAGGGUCAGGGAGAGUUACUGAUCACGACCAUCAGAGGUAAAGGAGUAUCGGAGCAAUGCGAUAUGCUGUCUCCACAGUUAUCUACCCCUUGUGAACCUGACCUGAUUGUUCACCCAGCAGAGUGUGUGUGUGAGCCAUGUUCUGAUCUCACCUCACACAGACUGUUCCUAGACUACCUCCUCACCUUGUCAGAGCACUACCUCAGCAGUGGGGCAGCAGGGAAGGCGACGGAUACGCUUACGGCAGCCAGGGAUCUUCUGAUUAAACUUGCUCCCAAGAUGUCGGCUCUUGUGAAGUCAGUGUCACAUGAGAAGUUACAUGCCCAAACUGUGACUCGUCCUCUCAUGUGGCUCAGCAUAUUUCAUGGAAAGACCUCCUGCUGCAUGGCCAAGGCUAAACUUCUCCAGGGGGAACGAACUCUAUCUCUGAAAGCUGCUGAUGAAGGGCAGGCCUGGAUAACAGGGUGUAGCCAGGGUAUGUCUGACGUUGUCCACUUACAGGCUCAGUUAUGGCUGUGUAAGGCCCAGGCAAGGCUAAGGUUGCCCAAGCUUACACACCUGUUGACAGAGAAUUCAGAUGUAUCCACCCCUCAACACAGUACUUUAGACAAAUCCCAAACCAAACUUAAAACAUUCUCCUUAGUGAAAAAUUUGGAGAAGUUAAUCCUGGAUGAUGAGGAACAGCAGAAUGUGGAGGAAAAGAACAAAGCAAAAAUCAAAUUACAACCAAAACGGAGAACUACAUCAGGGAGAAGUAAGAAGAAAAUUAUGUAUGUUUCUGAUUCUGAUUCUGAUGGUGAGGAUGUUAAAACAGAUUCAGUAAAAACAAGGAAAGUGAUGAAGGCGCAUAAAGCAUUGCCAAAAUCUGGUAAAGCUGUAGUGGAAGAGUCUGAUAUGGAAGAUAACAGUAAUGUUCCAGAGAGAAAUAUAUCCAGUGAUAUCUGUGAGCAGUUAAGCAAUCUCUCUAUCAAAUCAGCAAAGUCCAAGAAUACCAAACCAAAGGCAGAUGAAAUAUGUGAUGUGCAUGUGCCAGAAAAUAGCAUUAAAAAGUCGAGCAGAACCAGAAAGGUCAAAGAUGAUGCAAUUAAUGCAGUAGGCAAUACAAACACUGGGAACUUACAGCCAAAACAAACCAGAAGAAAAGCUAAAUCAGUGGCAGUAAUGCCAGAAAUUGUUGAAGUGAAGAAGAGUCAAACCUGCAAAACAAAGUCGGCCAUACCUAUAAAAGUUCCUGUCUCAGAGCUUUCACCCAAGAAUGUGUUUGACUUUGACACUUGUGAUGAAAAUGUACUUGCUAAAGGAAAAUCUUCCAGUCGUACAUCAAAGAGAAAUAUAAACACUACUGCAAAAAGUAAGGUGUCAAAAACAACUAGGGCAAGACGGCCUAAAACUGGUACUGAGAUAGAAGUAGGAAGGACUGUGGAUGAGGAUUUGUUGUUACAUGACAGAGAGUUUGAUUUGGCUGUGAUAGCUAUAUGUGAAGAUGACGGUGAUAUGAGAUUGUCCCCACCCCCUCACGUAGACCCUGUUCUAGACCUGGGGGAUGACAUGUCCCGGUCUACAUCACCAUCACUCAAGCUGCUGGAUCUCAGCGACACCUUGCUUCCCGUAAGCCUUGACCUGGACACCUCUAUAGAACUGGUUAGAGCUGGUACAGAUGAUGAAGACAGUGGGAGAAGUCGUACAACGCGCUGCAGAACAGGCCGAAAGAAAUUGGUUAGGGACAAGGAAGACACUGAAAUCACGCGAGCCAGCCGAGUGACAAAGUACAAGCAGCAGCCAAUAAACAAGUCCAAACCUAAGGCUGUGAGGAAGACUAACACCACUGGUCAGCUACAAAGUGAAAUAUCAGAAAUAAAAGCAGAAAGCCCAGUUGUUGCCCCUGUGAGUGAGAUGAUAGCAGAGUUGGAGGAAGCCUUGCGGCUGAUCAGUCCCUGCCCUCCCAUGGCCUUGUACAGGGACAUCUGUCAGUGUCUGGCCCUCCAAUAUAUACAGCUCUCUUCUGUCAAAGCAGCCUCUUACCUGGCUGAGUCCAUGGCAGUCACCCUGAGGCACAGGGCUCGAUGUAACCAGGCCACCCAGCAAAAACAGUUACUGAAGGCAGGGAAGAUUUUAGAAGAAAAACCAAUUGGUCAUGAACUGGAGUUUUGUCAGAUGGACAUCAUAGUAACGCUGGAGUGUCUCCCCAAAGACUGGACUGUAUGUAUGCUGUCUGUGGUACAGUCUGGCAGUGAGGACUCAGAGUUGAUCAUCACCCGUCUUCAGAAUGGGACAGAGCCACUCGUCAAGAGGAUCAUCUCUUUCACCUCUGAUCAGGUGCAGAGUGUUCUGACUCAUUUCACAGAGAUCAUGGAGGGCAGCCAGAAAGCCAUGAAGAUCUCUAAUAAGACAGAAUGGUGGAAAAUUAGGAAAGGGUUGGAUGCUGAUUUACAGGAGGCACUGCUGCGUUUGGAGAAUGAUUGCCUGCGUGGCUGGAAAUCCCUGCUCAUAGGCCAGCUAACCGAUGAGGAUGAUCAGGAAGUACUGACAAACAUUAUGUCUAGUGUCAGUGACCAUUUGACCACUCCGCUUGGCAAGAAUUUUGAAAUUAUACUCUUUGUGAAGCCCAGAAAGUAG